CCCAGAAGCAGAUGCGGAAGGCGGCGCAGCAGGCCAAGCAGCAGGCGGCGCCACAGCAGCGCGCAGCAGCAGCGGAGCUGCGCGCUAAGCAGGAGGAGCGUCGACAACCGCCGAUCGCAUCUUCUCACCGCUUCAAACCGAAGGACUGUCCCGCCCUCGCGCUAGACGCGCUGGACACAGCCGCCAAGGUCAUGCACUAUCUCGCCAAGCGGUCUGCCGUGGGGGCGGCGGCAGCGCAGGGGAUGGAGGCAGCACCCGCAAACAGCUCGAGCGGGAGCACCGCGGACAUCAACGUCGCGAGUCACAGCAGCAGCGGAGGCGGAGAGUUUGUGGGCGGUAGUAGCCGCGUGAGUGGCGACAACAACGGCAUGGGUGCCAGCAGCAGUAGCACUAGCAGUAGCAGCGGCACUAGUAGCAGCACUAGCCGCAAUGCAGGCGGCUUCGGUGUGGUCGCAGUGCUUCCGGAGGAGUGGUGGCGGGACGCGCUGGCAGCUCUGGACGUUGUGGUGGAAGAACGGGGGUGCCUUGACGUUGCAUGCAGCACAGCGGGCCUGGGGGCGCUGUUGCAGCAAGCCACCAUGCGGGAUAGUGGCGGUCGCUUUGGCCACCACCGCGGUGUACUGCUCUCGGAUAACGUCGCAGCCAACCUGGGCAUCGCGCAGCCGCUAGGCUUGACGCCCUGCCUGGAGCGAGUCCUCCGUCGCCUCCUGCCGCAACUGCCCGGCAGCGUGGAGCGUCUUGACAUGCCGGGUGUGUUCGCCUUCCUUGUGGACGACACCUCACUGCGGUCGCUGCUGCUCACGGCAGAUGCUGUACACCUGGUGCCGUACGUGGUGUCCUCCAGCAAGGCUGUGUCGCGGUUGGUGGCCAAGGAGGUCGUUCCGUCCAACAACAAGAACGUUGUGUACGAGGCCGUGGACGCAAUGGGGCUGUACUGUGUGCCGGUGGAAUUGCUUCUCGUGAUGCAGCUCUGUGGGAAGGUGUUGGCGGCCAAGGAGGGCGCACAGGGGGGCGCCGCAGCGCAGGCGGAGCCAUCAGGAACUGUCGGAGAGAGGAGUGCUGCGAAGGAUGCGGCCGCAUCUGGGGCAGCAGUCGCGCCUGGGGCAGCAGUCGGCAUGGGCGAGUGCGGCAGUGGCGGCGGUGCUGAUGUGGCAGGUGGCGGCGACGGCGGCGGUGACAAUUCCGAUUGUUCAGGCGAACUUCCCAGCGUAUCGGAGGUAUCCGCGGAGGCUGCCGAGCGAGUCCUGCUGAUCGGUUCCCUCAUGGCGGCGCGACGGCUGCCGGCUGUGGCGGCUGCCCUGCCGCUCUUGACGUCGUACGGCACUCGGAUGCUGGUGUUUAGAACCCAGCAAGUGGUGGCUCACGUGUUGCUUCGCUGGGUGCCGCUGCUGGCGACGGCCUACCUCCUGGCGUCAAAACAGCGCCAGGCGGCCGCUGCGGCUGCCUGGAAGCAGCUGCUGUUGGCGGACAUGGACGUGUUUGGCUUGAUGGACCUAGCCAUGUCGGCGGCGGCUGAGGUGGCGCCCUUCGCGGCGCCAAAGCUACAUGCGGCGUUGCUCUACCCACCUGCGCUGUCCCACUUGCUGGCUGCGUUUCUGGCGAUGCUGCUGGCUUUCCCAACCGAGGUGGCUGCUGCCAUGGCGCCCAAUUACGCGGAGAUGAUGCCUGAGACUGCAGCCGGCGGGAACGGCACCACCGGAUCGCGCAAGCAGCAGCGGCUGCCCGUGCCCAGCUUGAUAUCCGCUCUGCGGCAUUACGCGGUGCUGUAUGGCGAGGGCAGCUGCAUGUCCGAGUUCGGGACGGUGAGGAUGCUGUUGGGGGACCUUGGUGAGGA